AUGGAGAAAUUGAAGGCCAAGAAUUGCUCAGUAAUGAUAGCUGUCCAUGGUGGUCAAAUGCUACGUGGAAGUCCUGCUGCGUAUUCAAAUGAAAUAAUUACGAACAACUUCGUUGGACAGGACAGAAAUAUAGUUGUGGUUACAGUACCAUAUCGAUUGGGAAUUUUUGGGCUUCCAAACUUGCCUGGGGAACUAGAAGGAAUUGCUGAUAGGAAUUUGAUUUUAUAUGAUGUAAUAGAAGGUCUGCAGUGGGUGAAACGAGAGAUUUCAAGUUUCGGAGGAGACUCGAAUAGAAUGACAUACUUCGGGCAUAGUGGGGGAGCAACUAUUGGAAUGAUGAUCGGAUUCCUUCCAGAAUAUGAUAAUUUAUACCAACAAGUUAUUCUGAUGAGUACGCCAUUGUUGAUGCAUUCGAAAUUAUCCAACUCAAAAAUGUUUCGUAAAAUCGCCAAGCGUGUUGGUUGCUUCACCUCUAUUGACAACCAACAAAUUUUCGACUGCAUGAGAGAAAUUUCCGCCGAAAAACUGCUUUCCAUGCAAGAAUAUAUAUUCAAAAAUGAAGAAGAAUCCUUCGCAGACUUUGCGAUAGAUGGAAAAAUGCUUCAAGACAAUCCACGUCGACUUCUUGAAUCUGGAAAUUUCACGAAAAAACCGCUUCUGAUCGGCACGGUUCCGUAUGAACUGAGAUAUACUCGAUAUUUUAUAGGUAAAGAAGGAAAUUUCGAGUACGAUGAACUUCUGAAAAUGUGCGAACUGUUUGGAUUCGUUGGAGCCUACGAAAAACCAUAUUCUUUCGUUGAAAGCUGUGUUGAAUUUUAUAUGAAAAAUGAAACAUACGAAUUCCUUUUGGACGACUACAUGUUUCACGUGCCUGCUGCCAAUUUGGCAAGACAUCACGCUUCUGAACAGCCUGUUUAUCUUUACAGUUACAAAUAUCCAGGAGUUGGCUCUGCUUAUUCCAGUGCUCCUGGUAUACCUAACAAUGCAACUGUACUAGAAGGUGUUCCCUCACCGGCUCAUUCUGAAGAUUUUGUAUAUGUAAUGGGUGGGCAUCGAAGUCCAAACUUCACAGAAAAAGAUUUGAAUAUCGAGCACUUGUUCACCGGAAUAAUAGCUAAUUUUGUAAACUCCGAAGCGCCAAAUGGGCAAGAAUGGGCACCACUCAAUAUUGAGGUUAUGAAUUAUUUCGAUAUUGACUUCGUGGAAAAAUCAGAUGGACAAUUGACAAUGUCCGGGAUGAAAUACGAGUUCUACAAAAAGCAAAUGGAGUUUUGGAAUGAAAUUGUGCCCCAGUAA